AUAUAUUCAGAGCAGUCGGAGCAAUAUUUCCCUACUGAGUUCAAACCUUGCUUUUGGUGAAGAAGAAUUGACUAGUACUGCGACACUGACGGUCGUUUCGUCUUAACUUUCGGCUGAGUUUUGACCUUCUAAAAAAACAACUUGUCUCGUUAACUUCACUUUUCUAGAAAACAACGCGUUGCAGUUUUAAGGAAACACAUCCCUUCGUACGGUAUGAAGAUUUACUCGAUGGAUAUUACGUAUUGCGUCGCCAUUUUCUUCUCAUUCUUCGCAGGAAUUUUAGCAGGUAAUUCCAGGUUUCCCUGCUUUUUAUUUAUUUACCUCUUUGACUCAGUUGUCGACAAAUUGUUUGUAAAAACAAGUAUAGGCUACUUUGCCAGUUAUAUACCGAUCAUUUUACACUUGAGACCUUUGUUGUGACGUGAUCGGGAAGCGAGCGAUACUUACCGUAUAUAGUUAUUAAUAGGCCUCAGUAAAAUAUUCAGAACGGUAAGUUUAGAAUAAAACAGUAACUGAUCAACAGUUUGCUAAAGGAGAGGAAGUUUAAUUCGAAACAUAUUCGCUCGAUUCAUGGGGUCUCUUAAACAAUGGUUACUGGUUCUCUGUGAUGAAGAAAUUCUUGCAAAAGUUUUUAAGCUUUGCACUGAGGAACAAAAUUUCAAUAAAAGUAUCUGACUUCUCAGUCACACAAGUUCUGAAACAGCUUACGACCAGGCAUCUCUGAUAUUACAACCAAACACCAUAUGAUUACAAUGCUAAACUGUGUACUAUUCGCCCGAUUACAAGUACAAGUACAAGUCAGACAUUAUAGCUUCUUAAUGUUUGGACGCAGCGGCCGACUCACUGAAGCCAACAUAGUCGGUCCUAACCGAGGCUUCUAAUAGGGAAAAAGAAAUAUUGAAUGAUAACGGUUUUAUAUUUCUACGUGACAGAAUUUCAGUAAGUUAGCUGGUCGAAGUAUUUCCUUAUCUUUUUCCUUGUUUAGUUACGUAAGUGUGCACGCCGGAAUACUAAACUGGGUUGGAUAAUUACAACAAUUUCUAAAGAUGUUUCAUACGUGAGAUUUUAAAUCAAUAUCUUUUGACAGCGAAAAUAUUUGCUUGCCUAUAAGCGGUUAAUAAAGAAAAUUUUGAAUCACAUGCUCCUGGUAUAACUACCAAAAUAUUCAAGGAAUACAAAUCAGGCUUUUAUCACACCGGAUAAUAGUACUUAAAAAAUAGACAUCCCUUCCAAUUGUCUACAUUCUUAAGGCCAUAGAAAUGACUUUCAAAGACUCAAGAGAGACCAGUCACCUGCAAACAAAGGUGCAAGGAUUUUAACAAAGGUCUUUAUACCCUUAUAGACUACAUCAAAACUCUCGAUCGAUGAGCUUCGCAGCUUGAUUAGUUUUUUUAUUAGUUUUUAAAAACAAUUUUGCACGGCUCUUCGAGUUUGUUUGUUUGUUUGUUUUUUCGUUAAAAUUUUUUUUUUACUUCAUUGUUUGCAAAGUAUUACGAAUGCCCUAAUUCUCUAUCAGUGUGUUCCCGUUACUCUGGGGUUACUCAUGGUCAGCUGGCUGGGAACUCAUAGUGAUGGGUCUACUCCGGUUAAUAAUGAUGAUAAAAUUAAGGAAAAAAAACUGUAGUAGAAGAAUGAUUAGCAAUUAAUGAAUGAGGCUGAGUAGGAUACGAAGAAUUGAGCAGAUCGAGGAGGGUGUUAUCCACCGGGGCCGAAAGUCGAGGAGGAUAACACCCUCCGAGAUCUGCUUAAUUCUUCAUAUCCCACGAAAGCCGAUUUAAUUAAUUGUUUUAUUAUUCAUUCAAAAUAAUUCCUAGUUUAAAAACAGAGCAAAAAUAUGGUUACCUGCAUCGAUGUUAAGUUCAUCUUCGAUAGUGUACGUUUAGGUUUGUCCCGCUCCGCAAAUAUUCUCCAAAUGGCAGUCGUCUCCCUCCGAGUUGUCUUGUUGCUGUUUUUACCAUGUUUUGAGCUAUUAUUUCGUCUAGUUCCAGCAGUAGUUCUUACUCCGAGUUGAAACGAGUGAAAUGUCCGCCAUUUUUUUUCACAACCAAAACAACUCAACCUCCUCCCCAGGUCUUCUCGGUAACGGUGCCUUAACCUGUAGCGGACUGCAUUUUUGACAUCAUUUCCUCGUUGAACUCAAAAUUCUUCGAAAUUUGGUCAUCAGUAACUGGUUAUGGUGAGUUAUGCGUGUGCUUUUAGCCAAUCAGAAUUGGGGAAAUAUUUUGAAUGAAUAAUAAAAGUCAUUAUUAUUCAUUCAAACUAAGACUACUUUAGUAAGGGUUAUAGAUCUAACAAAUGUUCUAAUAAUAAUUAAAACUGAAUACUGAUCAAUUACUGAUCAGUAUUCAGUUUUCUAAUCUCAGUCAACAGUGAUGUCUUAAAUCAGCUGGCAUACUGAAUACAUUUACAUAGUAUUCAAAAAGUAACGAUGAAGAUCAAAUGAAAGAUUGGAACAAAGGCUUAUUAAUAGAAUAGACGACUCAAAAAAUUCAAUCCUAUUUUGUAACUAUUUAACGCGUCAUUAAAACCUCCGCUCUUCUUUUCAGCUGAAAAUGGAUACCUUAUAGGAAAGGAAGAAGACGGUAAGUAUCACAUAUUCCUCUAACUAGACUUUUUAAUCUGUUUCUCUCCUCCUGUCGACUCUAAAAAGCAACGUUUUUGACGUUCCAGGUAGGAUUAUUUAAUACUUAGACAAAAAUCCCGGAUGUUGGGCCGAGAAAAGAUUUUAGCCAUAACCCCAUUUCUGAAGAUCGACAUUAUCUCCGAACAUUUUCGCUAUAACAUCAAGAGAAAAGGUUAUAAGAAUUAAUAGAAUAGUCAGCAAUGCUUCGAUCGUUUCUCAAAUUCUCUUAACUAGUUCUUCAAGGAAAUGUAUGCAGAUCAGUAUGGAGAAUUUGUGUUUGGAUAUUGGGACUCGAGGGUGUAGCGGUCUCACAUAAUAUAUUUUUAUAGUCCUAUACAUGUAUGGGAGUUAUUAAGUCUUCGAAACGCUCAAAAGCAAAUUAGAUCACCGUCUGCUACGCAAAGCAUCCGCUCAGAGGCACAUUGCUUGACAACUCCGAAAACACCGGUCGGUGAAGCAGACUACUGUCAUAUUUGCAGUGGUUAUAUACAGUAAACGGAGCUAAUAAGAACCUACCCUUGUAGGUCUUUUAUGAGGUCUGACAAGAUUGGUUUUGUAUUUUGCGGUACUUAUUAGUAAUUUAGGCUAGGAAGGUUCUUUGGUUCUUAAUUUUUUAGAAGGAGAUAAUAGAUUGUUGAUUACAUGUACCAGAAAAAUAAAUAAACGUUUUUUUUCACAAUUGUAUUAUUAUCAUCCAUAACAAAACUGAUUACCAAAUUUAUAUAAAAUUUAGUACAGUAUGUUCUUGUUAUACUGUACUUAAAAUUUACAACUCAAAGUUACACUGAGCUUUGUUAAGUUGUUUAUCAUAAUUUAACUGUAAUCCACAUAUAAGAAUCUUUCUUGAUUUAACAGGUUCUUGUAAUCAAAGUGGCAAAUUUCUGCCGGGAGGUUCUUAAUCCACAGGUUCUUAUUAGCGGGUGUUUACUGUGUAUUCGCUGGGGAGAAGUGAAAAUCCUCCUAUAAUCCGUUGCCCCACGAUGCAUAAUACAACAGUGACAGUGGAACAUUUUACUACAUGAGGAGAAUGGGCGGGGGAGGGCGUUCUAGACACUAACUUGAAGUGGGAAAGGUUAGGAGAUUUUCUUCAAAGUAAGGCUUUUCUAAUGCCCCCUCUAGCCUCUCCUUUCCUCCAUCGUCCCUGUACAACGAGUGCCUGACUAUAUUUGCAGGGAAACUCUCGAGGGGAAAAUCAUUCAAUCCUUUGAAUGAUUAUCAUUAAUCUGAUUAAAUUUCACAAAAAAAUUACUAAUAUAUAAUGACCUUUUCUAUUCUUAUUGUUUCAGAGACCUUGCUAAAUCUCAGUGUUAUUUUUCUUGUUAUGAGCGUCUUGUUCCUGCUUAUCAGCAUCCUUACAGGCUUUGUCCUGAUGAAAAAGCUGAAACGAACGGGGUAUGUUGACCAAACACACUCUUUUUUAUAAGAAGAUAUUUCAUAACAAUAUCGAGGCUGAAAUCUGCGAAACCUUGAGAAACUGAUUUUAAGAAUAAACCCCAGGCUGAAAAUUUGAAAAGGAUGCAAUUGUGUGUUGAAAGUCUGUAAGUACAAUACAAUUAUAUGUUUUUAACGUAUUCCUUUCAAAUCUCUUAACGGCAAAACUAACAAAACUGACUAUGAUUGAUACCCCCAAUAUAUAUAUAUAUAUAUAUAUAUAUAUAUAUUCUAAAAAGGAAAUGUCACGGGCUAUAAUUCAAGAAUAAUACAAGCAUAUUUUCAGUCUAAAAUGGGCAGAAAAAAAACUAGAAUAUUCAGCCUGUAAAACUGAAGCCGUGAGCCUGCAUGGUAGGCUUUUAACAGGAAGAGGAGAAAGAAGAGAGGAAAGGAGACUCCAAAUAGUGCGAGGCCGAUAAAGAUAAUUUUUUUUACCCCUAAAAGAAACCAUUCUGACUGGCAUUUUGAGGUUGUUGCGAGCGAGACUGGGUCCAAGCUGCACUAAUUGCGAAUUGCACUAUGGGACUCUUUUGGAUAGACUAUCACUUCUUUCAGGGGUUAUUGCGAAGUUGUGUAGAUAACUUACGCACAAUUCGUUCCCCAAAACAGUCCCAUACAGACCUAGAGUGGAAUUCGAAACAAUAUCGAAAGCUGCGGAUAUGGUCCUAUACUUAAUGUCAAUUUGGCUUAAGCGAUUUUGAUUUGAAUGAAAUAAUUUUCAAUUAAUAAUUCUCACCUUCUGCUUCUCUUUUUCCUUCAAACACCUCUAACCAAUACUGAAUCUCUAAGGGUAUCUGCGGACGUCGUUUUCGUCCAGCGUUUUCCAUUAAUCGUAGGUUUUUCAACGAGAUCGUUGCAUGUCAAGAAUUCUUUUGCUAGGUAACGCAAAGGCAAGCUCGAGCAACUACGAUGAUGACGACGGAAACAAGAAUAUAAGAAAGGCAACAGGUUUAAUACGCAAAAGAAAAAGGCUCUGAACGUUCAGCAGACUUUUUGGCCGAUUUCUCUGCCGUCACCGUACACUGACUGACCAUGUUAAACUUGAACGGAAUGGCAAUGCGAUCGUCGCUUUAUUUUAAAUCUCUAAGAUCUAAGAUCAUCGCGACUUUGAUUUCGUCGGUAGUACCUCUAGAUGGAGAGUCUCCGAAUGCUUGUGUGAGAAACAAUAUAGCUGCUCCAUACUGAACAGGCUAAGCGAGACCAAAUUCUUCAACGUACAUCCCUAAAAGAGACGACGAAAAUUUUGCAUCUUUCGUACCUAGGAUCCCCUUGGGUCCGCAAACAAUUUUCUUCUUACACUUUCGUCAAAAGUCCUCCUUCACGACCUUGUGCAUUGAGACAUGAUUAUUAUGAGUACAAGGAAUCCUUAUAUUUUUAGAUUGAUAAAAUUAAACACAGCAUAGCGGUGGAUCAGGCCUCAUCUGUUGUUGCGUCACGAUAGACAGUUUGUGAUCGCGGCUUUUCACUGCGGGUAUUCUGCAAGCGUUCAGAGACCAAAGUGUCCUUUAGUAGCAGCACGGUGGUUGUAUGCAAUGUUUUAUUUUGUACCUCAUUUAUUGCUGGUGGAUUUUCAUCCACGGCAUUUUUUGUAUUGAUCAACGUGCAGUAAUAAUAAACUUAUAGUUCUAUACUUGUAAUUGAUUAAGGAUUGCUCAGGGUGGAGACACCAUCCUAACCCAUCCUUGGAUGAGACCAACUCGAAUUUUAAACAAGGAGAAAAACUUGGAUUCCAAAAUAGAUUAGUUCCCCAUCCAAAAACUUUAAGGCUCAAUUUUUUGGUGAUACAGAAGUCGUGACAGCUGACAACUGUGGUGGAAUUUAAUCUCGUGAUUUGUCUUGUCCAAUACCAAUGCUUAGGAAUUCUUAUGUGCGACAGUUUUGCAGAAACUUCAUAUUCGAUGUCUUUAAAUUACACUUUUAACUGAUUCAGUGUGUUUUCUGUUCAGGGGAUCUACAGCCGGAUAUGAAUUAGAAGGCAGAGAAGACAGAUACGAGAGUAUGUACGCAGGCAAGACCGAUCAUGAAAAUCCGUAUGGGACCAAUGUCGUCCACUAUGAAUCCCUUAAGGUUAGUAUUCUUAAACUUGCACAGGCACACCACCCACAUUCUACCUCAUGAAGAGCCAUAGUGGGUCCCAUUUUGGCUCUUGACCUCAUUUAAUGAUUCGACAGCAUAACUGAUUCAGGUUAGCAGAGUUGAUUUUCCGGUUGGGCUAACACCCUAAACCGGGAUUCCUUUUUCUUGUCUGUUAAACUUAACGUGUUGUUCAAUGACCUUCAAUUCAGGUCAAACUUUGGGCAAAACGAAUCACAUAAAUUUGCUUUAUUACAAGCAUUUGUAUGCGUUUACGCUUCUUGUCGCUUUUUGGUUAACCAAUCUGAUAACCCCGUUAAUUGAGUUCUUGUUUGAUUUAUUAGAUAGAACUAAUUGAACCGUUAAUCGUAUUUAAAGCAACAACCUAUUACAGCAAGGAGCCCAAAAGUGUGACCUCUUUUAAUUAAUUCGAACUCUUUCAUGCAGACAUUAACCAAUCAGACGUCGAGGGCACUUUCCAGCUGGCUUCUGAUUGGAUAAAAUCUGCAUGAAAGAAUGCGAAUUAAUCAAGAGCGGUCACACUUUUUGGCUCCUUGCUGUAAGGCUCCCUUCACAUGUGUGAACUAAACAUUCAUGUUAUACUAUGUUCUGCUCCCACAGGUCAAUGGGUCAAGUAAUGGCGUCUACGAGUCGCUGGCCAGCAAUGGUACUUAUCAACCAGCUGUUGCCUUUGAGCAGCCCAAUGGACACGCCAAAACCGAACGGAACACUCCACCUGGUUCAGCAAAUGGUGGACCAAGGACUCUGAGCUCCUUCCAAAACCCCGCUUAUGAGUCCAGCAUGCCCUCUGGCUUGGACAAAGACGUAGAAAUCAAGCCGAGAAGACACUCCAACGACGAUACAGAGGACACAGCCCUCUAGAAGUUGGAUCAACGAGGGCGCGCACACGUAAGAGCUUUUAGAGACUGCUGUUUACACCAAUUGGACAUGAGGCACUCGCCUUUAGUGACUGACCGUGGAUUGUCAACUUAACUUUGUGUCAUUUUUGCUUAAAGUUUAUUCCACGCAUCCACAAUAAAACGCUCCACAUUCCGUACACGUUGAGGUUGAAGUAGUAUGGUUCUAAGUCCCCGGUAUGAAACAGACUUAGCUCCAUUCACUUUCCGACUCUCGGCAAUGUGCCUGAUAAAAUCCUAGUACCACACGUUCCAUUUUGAAAGUGAGUCCUGGCGAGGGAAAAGCGGUUGUUGUGAUACUGGAGAGGUACACAGAAAUUUGGGCACUUCAAGAGUGCCAGGGUAGUCUCCCUAAUUAAUUGAAAGAAGUGGUUGCUUGGAGGGGGGAACUGCGUAGUUAUGUCUUUGACAAACAACUUGUUUGCUGUCAGCAUUAAUUCUCUGACGAAGUUUUCAAGGAACAAAUCAUCUCCGUGAAGCAAGACCCAAUCAAUUUUUUGACACCUCCAUUGGUGAAUUGACCACAACUGUCGCAUGUUGAAGGCAGACAAAAUCACGAAAACUGCACGUCGUCCGAGAUCCACCACUAAAGUGAUCGUCACUUUGAUAAAUAUACCUCCCCGGACAUUUUAGAAACAUGUUGGCUAUAUGAAAGGAGCCUUACCUUUCACCUCAUAUGAACCUCUGAACCAUCAGCAACACGUGCGGUGUGGGUAGAAUGGGUAGAACCGAAUUAUUGAUUGAGACGUCACAUAAUAAACAAGGUCAAGUGGUUCAUGCCCCACCUCUGACACACAAAAUUCGAACAUUUUUAGCCCUAGGGUGUCAUGUAACGCCACUAACCCUUAAAAGUAGUGUACUGGCUCGCUAAUGCUCGCCAGCAAUUAUAUUUCCCUCUGUAAAUUUAUAAAAUACACAUAACUGCAUGCAAGUGUAAAACGUAAACCAUUACUUAAACUUCAUAUCAUACCAUGGCACACUGCGAAACUUAAAUACUGACGCUAGUAGAGUGAAAAUUCUGCUGAAACAGUGGAAGUUUUGUCGCUUUUCUAAUUCAUUUAUUAUCUUUUUCUUCCAGGCAUUGUUUAAUCGUGACACCGUCUGAAUUGUUAUCCUUUAAUUUUGGCAACUGACUUUGUAACGCUUGACGCACAGCCAGGAGAUCACUCACAACGUGUACGAUGUCAGUGUUUGCUUACUUGCUUACUGAUAAUGAUAGUUGAUAGUAGAGAAGAUUAUCGCAUUUGGGUGCAAAAAGCCUGAAUUAUUUCAGGCUUUCUUUUCACAACUGCAAACGUUGCUUCUAUAAUUGCGCUGAUCAUAUUUUUUCAUUUAAAGACUGUUACUGUAAACAGAAAUAUAAUUAAUAUGAUUUCCAGCUCACUGCAUAACGACCUUUUACAAAUAAAGUUGUAAAACGAUCAAAUAAGUCUAUGUUGGUCAGGAUGUGGCGUUUACAAUCUUCAACUUUGCAUGGUCCGACGAAAUCGUAGGUUGUUUCGCGAAUAAUCCGCAUUUCCCUCACUUUAUUUUUUACUUACAGCCUGGUUUUCUGUUACGGUCCUGUAAUCUGUAACGGUCUUGGGCGGUCUGUGACACCAUCCGGCCGAAGCCGCGGUCUGCGUCAAACCAAUUGGGUUCAUAUUUUAAAACAAAUCGAAUGGUAGAAUACCUAGUUGUUUUGUACCAAAUAAAAGCUGAUUGAAAGUAUUGCCAAAACAAGCAAGACGAAAGAUUUUUGAUGAAGCAAGCUUUCGAACCAUGGAUGUUGGAGCAAAAUUAAGCAAAGGAAGGCCGAAAUAUCGCUGUGUAAAGACUGUGGAUUUUGGGGAUUUUGGCGUGAAUGCUGGAUUGUGUGUGGGCCGUGUUUUCAUCGCAAAAAAGGAUCAUGUUAAUGGUUUUAAAUUUAGCUGAAAAUUGCAGUAUUUUAUCGGCCACUUUAUCGACUUUCAGGGAUGAGGGCAGCAAACUCAAAAAUCGGACGUAAACGCGGCGGCCAGCGGUGGUAAGAGCCGAUUUAAGAAAUUUACCACAUAAAAUAGUGAGAUUAAGAGAGUGAGAUCACAGCUAAAAUCAACUUCAAAAAGGGCAGUGUUAACCAAAGAAAGACUCGUACAGUUUGAUAACGGAUACUUUCUACUGGUGGAUGCAAGGGCGGCAAAUUUUACAGGAAGGCGAGAACUUUUCCUAUUCUUAAAUACAAGUUUCGCUCCGUGGCUUUGUAAACGAAAUCGCCAUGUUUGUCUCUAAAAUAUGAGAAAACAGCUGUCGUUACGCGGGCGCCGCGUCCGCGAUUUCAGGCCAUGCGCGCCCGGCAGACGAUCCGGAUCAUUUAGGGUACUCCUGUACCCAUAUCUCACUUUGUGGGAGAUCUAGGUACCAGAUGAGGCCUUGGCAGCUUCCCAGCUAUCAGCUAAAAUUUCAGCCCUCAGUUAUUGUUUAAUUUCUGGAUCUAUCAGUGUUUCAAAGCAAAAACAUUAGAUGAGAGUUAAAUUUUCGACAAUUCUCACACAGCGUUUUUCGACGUAAUUCCACAAACGUCGAGUUAAAUCAGCCCUUGAACACUGGGUUAAAUUCUUUACAGCUAACAGCUACGCUCCUUACGCCGAUUAUUCUUAUAGUGGGUAUAUACAUUUUGUCUAUAAAAUUUGCUUACUUGCUUUGCAUUGGAGCAUUCAGUUUCAUUAGUCUUUACCUAGAUCUAAACUUUGAUCGGCAUUUGAAAGAACCUGAUUUCGUUUCAGCAACCAUUCACAGGAGAGAUCGACGCAAACGCUUAAGAUGACAACAUUGAAUAAACAAAUUUUUGUCAAGAUAACGAUUCCAUUUCAGGCUCUCGGUGAGACGGCAACAAGCAGAAAAGCGGGUGUGAGAAAAUAUAACCAUGGCGAGAACUGAGCACUCAAUUUCAAAUAC